AACACUCAAACAAACCAGGACUGGUGCUGCUGUCGGGCGAGGAAGGGUCUGCAGGUGAGAGCUGUAGGCGUGACCCCCAGGGCUUUGCUGGAUCGUGUUUGCCUGUCACUUGCCCUGGUGGAGGUCCAGUGCCACCUGCAAGCAGUGGCAAUCAGGUCACUUUGUGCCUUGGGACGGGUGCCAAAUGCUGAGUAUUAAAGGAAUCAACAGGACCGUGGGGCAGGAGAAACAGGCCAGCAUGAAGGAAAAACAAGGGUUAGAAGAUCUGGAAAUGCACCUUGCAAGGAGAGAAACGGAGACCCUCUUCCAAGAGCAGCCUGAGACUGGGAACCCCUACUUGGAAGACACUUUGCUUCGGAGUUACUUGAAAACACACCUUCCUCCCAAGGUCCUGGAGGAGGUGCAUCGGGACCUGGAGAGGUUUGGAAACCGCCUGCUGACCCAGAUCCAACCUCUGAGCUGGGAAUGUGAGCUGAACCCCCCCGUGUUCCAGCAGUACGAUGCCUGGGGGCGGCGUGUGGAUCACAUCCACACCUGCUCGGCGUGGAGGAGGAUGAAGGAGAUUUCAGCAGAAGAAGGGCUGAUUGCUGAGGCCUAUGAGAAAAGAUACUCCAACUGGAGCCGCCUGUACCAGGCUGUCAAACUGUACUUGUUCUCAAGCUCCUCUGGAGGUUUCAGCUGUCCACUGGCCAUGACUGAUGGGGCAGCUAAAGUCAUUGAGUCACUGGGUAUUCCUGGAUCUCUGAAAAACGCUUUUGACCAUCUGACAUCCCGUGACCCCAAGAAGUUCUGGACCUCUGGCCAGUGGAUGACCGAGCGAAGGGGUGGCUCAGAUGUUGCAAACGGCACCGAGACUGUGGCCAGGAAGCAGCCGGAUGGCACCUACCGUCUGUAUGGAUUUAAGUGGUUCACAUCAGCAGCUGAUUCUGAUGUGACGUUAACCCUGGCCAGGAUAGCAGAUGCUGAAGGACAGUGCACCCAGGGCUCCAGAGGCCUGUCCCUGUUCUUCCUGAGGGUUCGGGAUGAGGAGGGGAAGCUGAACAGCAUCCAGGUGCAAAGGCUGAAGGACAAGCUGGGCACAAGGCAGAUGGCAACAGCAGAGCUGUGGCUGCAAGGAGCCAGAGCAGAGCUGAUCUCUGCAGAGGGCCGUGGGGUGGCCGCCAUCUCCAACAUGCUGAACAUCACUCGGAUUCACAACGUCAUUGGUGCAGUGGCUUCCAUGAGAAGGAUGGUCAGCCUGAGCAGGGACUAUGCCCGCAAGCGCGUGGCCUUCGGGAAGCUCCUCAAGGACCAUCCCCUGCACAUGCAGACCAUAGCCCGGAUGGAGGUGCAGGUGAGAGGGGCAUUUCUGCUGCUUAUGGAGAUCGUUCGCCUGCUGGGCCUGGCUGAAACCAACCUGGCGAGUGAGCAGGAGCAGCUGCUGCUGAGGCUGCUCAUCCCCGUGGCCAAACUGUACACAGGGAAGCAGGCUUCUGCCGUGGCUGUCGAGGCGAUGGAGAGUUUUGGGGGCCAAGGUUACAUGGAGGACACAGGCUUGCCAGUCAUACUCCGGGAUACUCUGGUGCUGUCCAUAUGGGAGGGAACAACAAAUAUCCUGUCCUUGGAUGUGCUGCGGUCCCUCGCCAAGAGCCAGGGGCAGGUGAUGCCUGUGUUCCUGUCCACCGUGCAGAAAAAGCUGGAGCUGGCUUCAGCCACUGAGGAACUGUCCCCGGCUGUGCAGAGGACACGGGAAGCCAUCGGGAGCCUCCGACAGUUCAUGGCAGCCACUGGUUCAGAGCAGGCACUGACCAUGGAGCUGGCAGCCAGGGACUUCUCCUACAGCCUGGCACGGAUCUACACAGGAGCUCUUUUAAUGGAACAUGCGGCUCGGCCUGACGCUUCCUCCACAGACGUCUGUGCUGCCCUGAGGUGGUGCAGCCAGGAGCUGUGUCCGGUGGCCGUGGAGUCGGGAAGGGGCAGCUACGGGCGCGGGGCGGCGCUCCAGGACAGCGCCCUGGUGUUCGGGAGCAGCCGGCUCUGAGCUCCCGCAGCCCCAGCAUGGACACAAGUGCUGACCACAGACUUCCACCCCUGGAUGGGGUUUGCUCCAGGGGCAGCCCUUUCCACCCACUGGCCAUGAACACUGACCUCCUCAGGAACUGCUGCUUUCUGAAGAAAAAAGGAUUUUUAUUCUCUCUGGCCUCUGGAAAGUUCACAAAUUCCCUAUACACGUGUCCUAAUGAUGCUGCAGUCCAUCCUGACAUAAAUGCUACAUAAAUUUUGGACUGCAAUCCAGUAAAUCUCCACCUAAGCACUGGCUAUGGGCUCUUCCUUCCCCUCAGCCCAUCGGCCGACUUGCUUGGUAUUGCCCUGCUGGCUACAAGUUUUUAAUUAAGGAGUUGCUAAUAGAAGAAGGAAAGCAGGAAUAGACUGAAGACUGCUGGAAUUUAUAUCUGGGAAGUGCUACAGCAGCCAGACACUGAGUGGGAAGAGUGGGAAGGAGCUGUUUGCUGCGAUUGGACUUGUCCAGAGUUUCAAAGAUGGGUGGCUCUGCGGAGCAGCAGAGUGGAGUAAUCCCAGCAGGACACAGCAAGGGAGGCUCCAUGGGCUCAGGGAUCACAGGCUGAGCCAAGCAGAGCUUCCCUGAAUUUGCCCAAAUGCCACGAACCAGCCCCAGCAGCAAAGGGCUUCUGUUGUCUGUGCAUUGCAGGGAAUAAAGGCAUUUGGGUCUGGAAAAUCUCCUAGAUCAUAGAACCAUGGAAUUAUGGAAUGGGUUGGGAUGGAAGGGACCUUAAAGCUCAGCCAGUCCCACCCUGCCAUGGCCAGGGACACCUCCCACUGUCCCAAGCUGCUCCAAGCCCUGUCCAGCCUGGCCUUGGACACUGCCAGGGAUCCAGGGGCUGCUCUGGGCACCCUGUGCCAGGGCCUGCCCACCCUCCCAGGGAACAAUUCCUGCCCAAUGUCCCAUCCAUCUCUGCCCUCUCUGGCAGUGGGAAGCCAUUCCCUGUGUCCUGGCACCAGGACUGUCCCUGCAGUUUGGUGUCAAAGAUCUCACCGGGGUCAUGGCACAGGAGCUGCUGUGCCCUGUAAAGCUCAGGAGAAGGGGAAAGUGAGGGAGCAACGCGGGGCUCUGAGUAACGAUGGCAGAACAUCCACCCCCAGAUGUGCCCAUGGGUCCAACAGCAGGAGAUGGAUGUGACCCAGGAGGGGAAGUCCAUGUGCUGGAAAUGUUUGCAGAGCUGAUCAGCACCUGGGAUUCCCUGCUCUCCUUAAGGGCUCAUCUCCAGCUGCUGCCAAUCCAGGCUUUCCCUCUUCCCAGCCUAUUUUACAUUUCUGAACACCAGGAUUAAUUUUUCCUCAUAUCUGAGCUGUAAUUUGCCUAAAAUAAGCCCCUCAAACUGGGAGCUCUGCAGAUGCACCAACACAGAGAACAAGGGGCUAUGAAUUCAUCACUGUGUAGGAAAAUGACAAAUUUAUUAAGAUCUAAAUAUCCACUGUGAGCAGAAUAAAGGCUGUUACACACAUGUGAGGGUCUGACACUUCCAGUGCUGCUGAACAGCUCUGCCCUCAGCUUGGCAUGGUUUCAAAUAUUUCAUGUGCUUCAAGUAAGUAAUUGAGACUUCAGAUGUCAUUUUAAUAUAAAUCCCACCCAAAAAGAGGACAAUCAAACCCAUCACCUGCUGCCACUGCAAGGUCUAAAAAUCAUUUUGUGACAGAGCUGUGGGAAAUCAGUUUAAACCCCAGAUUUGUUAAAUAAUAAAGUCAGACUUUAGCAGCAUUUAUAAAAUGUCAAAGUCCAAAGAACAGUGAGCUGAAAUCCCAAAUUGCACCAAUGGGAGUCCUGGCAGCUGCACUGUGGGAAGGGAUGGACAGCUCCAGGGACUGGGAACACCUGGGCCAGGCCUGCACCGGGCAGAGCUGCCCUUUGCUCAGUGCUGACUCCAAAGCUCAUCCUGGAUUAUUCCAGGACCCCUCUGUUCAAUAGGCCCUGAACCUGCGCGUGGUUAUCGCCCUUUGCAGCCUCCCAACACCUCCAAACCUCUGCCAGGGCAGGCUCCAUCCCACCCCUGCAGCCUUUCCCAGCAGUGGAGCAGCUCCCAAACACCUCCGAACACCUCCCUGCCCUUCCUCCCCAGCAGAGCCGCUGGUUCCGACCCCGCCCCGCCCCCCUCAGCCGUGCCCAGCUGAGAACGGAGCCCUGUGGGGUUCGAUCCCUCCCGCCCCGUGAGCCCGGGGCCGCCUCCGCUCUCCCUGCCGGGGAGGAGGGGCCGUGUUGCUGUCGCAGCAGGGACCAGAGGGGCCUCCGUUCCCAGCGAUUCCCAACGCUGUGCGAGAUCCCGGCUCGGGAGGUUGUCCCACAGCCCCGGGGGCAGCACUGAAGCCGCCUAUCGCGACAGCAACGCUGCUGUCCUGACAGGCUCAUGGGCUGUCCGGGAGCUGAGACAAGGAGGGAAGGAGGCUCUUCAGGAAGAAUUGAUCAUAGGGAAAUGAGCUGGGACACCUUCAGCCGUGUCCUCCUCUGGCAGAACUGCUGCCCCUGGCAGGAGCCCGUCUGCACCUUGGAGAAGCGCAGAACUUCUACGAUCCCCCUGCCGGGGCAGAGACCCACACUCGGCAUUUCCCAGAGCAAAACCUUCCCGGCAGCGCUGUGCCUGGAGCAGGACCAUGAGCUCCUGCGAGAGCACUCAAGAAGAAACUCAAGUAUGAGAGGAGCCCUAGGAAAUCCCAUUGUGAGGUGUAACUGAAACACUUUGCAUGGUUCUUACACCACCGAAUGUGACUCCUGCUUCUUUUCAGCUCCAGAUGCCAUCAGCGGCUCUACCCCAACCUGGUUUAAUUUGAUUUAAUGGACACCAUCAAAUCACAGAGGGAUUGUGAUGACACGUCUGGCCCCACAUCCCUGACCCCUGACAAUUCAGGGCAAAUCCUCAAAUACGUAAUAGAAGAAACGAAUGAUGGUGUGGGGCCUGAGGGGACAGGACUGUGCACAGCCAGGAUGAGCAGGCAGUGCUUGGAAAAUGGGAAUAAUCCUUGUGCAGGACAAAAAUCAAUUGAGUCUUCCACCUUCUGGGAAAAAGAUAUCUUAAACCUGAGUGAGUUUGGUUUGUUCCUGAAGAGCCACAGCUCCACCAUCCAGCAUCAGGGUAAGGCAGGUGCAAGUGGGAAUGGAGCAGGCACUGCCAAACCCCACUGAAAGCAGGGGGAAUUCGCUGGAGAUUGGGGCUGUUCCUUCAUUUGGGUAAAUAAUCAGACUGAAAUGGGACGGUUGGUCAAGGGGAAAAAGAAAAACACGGUAUGGAGGGAGCUGAGACUCUGGCACCUUUCUCCAUCCUGCAAAAACUGUGCUGACUGUGCCAACAGAGCCUGGCAGGGUGGGUGCGUUGUGUGCUUCCCCCUUCCUGGGACUCCUGCACCAGGAAAACCAAGCCUAAGAUUUACUUUCUUCUCUUAAGCUUAGGUGUGACAGUUUGUUGUUCUUUGGGAAGACACAGCGUGGAACAGAAAACCAAGGGCAGCAGCUGCUGCCUCCUUUUCCAAGGCCUUGGUGUUCCUGCUGAGGGUCCAACAUGUCCCCUCCGAGGGACAGGGAAGAAAAAUAAAAAAUUAGAAAGUGUGUUAGCAAAUGCUCCCAUGCAAAAGUCUAAACUUUAUUCACUUUUAUUUAUAUAUUUAACAAUUCUAAAGUAUUUACUUCUCGCUUUUGACAAAAAUGAAAAAUAUAGGAGCACUUUACUCUCUUGUGGAGAGAAGGGUUAUUUCUGUACACAGCUACGGAGAGACGGUUUCCUCCUUUACAUACAAAGAAAAAUAAUAUUAAUAAAAAAAGUGCUUCAUCGAUCCAAAAAGCCUAAAGAGCUGCAAGCUUUUAUUCACACUGUACAUCCCAGCCCCAGCCCGGAGCAGACCCUCUUGGCACUGAGGAGGCUCUGGCUGAUUCUGCACCACGAAGCCACACAAGGUCAGGGUGUCCCCCCACCCCGGCCCUGCCACCUCCCCCUCGGCACCCCAGGAAGAGCCGGACGCUCCCUCAGCCCUCUCCACACGGAACAGCAGCGCCUGUGCCUCUCCCAGCCCCACCGCUGGGUCAGAACAGAUCCUCAACGUGCCUUGGCUGGAAACCCCAUCCUUCACUCAGUGUCUCUCUCUCAACCUGUGCCAGGGAGAUCCCAAGAUGCUCCGUCCCUUCCCAGACCCCUUUCCCACAAGGACGCAGCCUCCUCCUUCCUGGACAUUCACUCCAGCACACGGAUCGUGGCAGGGUGGGAAGAGCACAGUCCAACCACCUCAGACCCCCUGAGCUCUGCCAGAUGGUUUCUCCACAUGACCCUCCCUUUGGAUGAUGUGAUUGUGACAUUCUGGGGAAGGGAAAUGGGAAAUGUGAAAUGCUCCUUUCCCAACGUUUCUCAGAUUUUGAGCUGUUUUAUCAAGAGAUCUCAAAUACUCCAGCAGGAUUCAUGGGAAUACCAUAGGGAAUUUGGGAUUUUGCCUAGGGAAUGCACUGUGAGCAGGAUCUACUCUUCCUCCUUGCCAGAUUGCACUAAGCAGGAUCUAUGGGAAGGGAAUGGGAUGAGCACCUAUCAGUUACAAACGGAUAUUUGGGAGUUUCACCCUUCAGUGAGGUGAGUUGAUUGGGACAAAAGGAGGAAGGGGAAUCCGUAAUGUAUUUUGGAUUGUUUUAAGCUCCUCAGGCAGCUUUUUUCUAUCUGGAGUACACUGAGCACAGCCUGGGAAAGGAGGAGCAUCCCAGGAGGGUGCCCAGCACCAGCACAAUCUGCACAGGCCGGGCCCGGCGAUGCCGGUGGGUCCCGGCCGCCUUCGUCAGUUUGGAUCGUCCAGUAAAGUGCGAGUGACCAGCCAGGACCUGAGCAUGGCAAUGCUCUGCUCCCAGAGGGAAUCUCACAGGGAUGGGGCGAGGACAAGGCAGAGAUCUGCUCCUGCCCUAGCUGGAUUCAAUCAAGAAUUGCAUGGUCAGGCCCCUGGCAAGGCCCAGUGUGACGCCUGGCUCGGCUCUCACCAACAGCACGUGCAUUCCAGGUGUUCCCACUGCCAGGGCUCAGACCUCCAGGAACCUGACUGAGACCCCCUCGGGCAGCCAAGCCCACUGUGAGAACAGAGGGAAAAGGUCUCUGGGGAAGGAGAUUCCCACCUCUUCUAGCAGCAACAGGUUCCCAAACAGCGAUUUCGGGUUUGGAAUAACAGGAGUGAUUGAAAGCACUGGAGGUUCAGGCUCUGUUCAGGCUCUGCACUCUGGCCGGCCCGGCUCCCUCUGCUCCCCAGCCCUGGGCCCGCAGCAGUUCCGCAGUGGGACAGAUAAAUACCCACAGGGACCCUGGCUCUGCACCAGCUCCC